UCUCUCGAUCAAUCACUGAUGAACCAUCGGCCCUCUUGGCCACCAGGGCACGGUGCUGUCUCAUGCUCAACCGUUGGGUCAACCUUUGGCCUCCAAGACCCCCAGCUCCUUCUCCACAGAACUCCCUUCCAUCAGCUCAGCCCUGACCUACUCUGCUGCACGCUUAGGGUCGAGGAAGCGCCAUUGCUGACCGCAGUGGGGCCGUAUUCUCAUCCCUUGGUGCCAUCCUAACCCUGCAACAGAGGGACCGGCGGAGGAAGCAUUCAGGCUCCGGCCCUGAAUGUGCGGCUGCCAUGCAGCAGCAGCGCCGAGCUCCCUCUUUACGUCCCACCCCAGGAAUGAGGUGACUCAAGGCUUCUCCUCUCCCCGCCAGAACCCGUAACCGUAUCUCCAUACCACCAUCGAGCCCGGGGCCACUCGAGGAGGUUCUGUUACAUAAAGGAACGCCUUAUGCCAACAAGGCAGAGCUAUAUCCUCGCUUAUAAACCACCUUUUAAAUUCUCAGCUGCUUUAAGCAGCCCGGGACGAGGGCCCUGUUUUUAUUUUCUGUUUGGCCGUGGCAGCCGCCGGCUCCGGCUCUUGGCUCCCAUCCCAGAAUCUGCUUUCGUUUUGGAGCGCCGUUGGCUCUCGGCGUCCUUUUCUUUUUUUUGGGGGGGGGUUUAAAAUAGCGGCUUUGCCUCACCGUGGGGCGGGAGGGGAAGGAAGCAAAUGCCUGUGUCUCCCUCUCUCCAAACUGAUGAGGUGAGAGCUCGGUCCCUCCGCUCGCGGCGGUGCCGGUGACGGAGAUGACAGAGUGAGAGCCGGGAGGGGACGGCCGCGGGGCUGCGGCGUCGGGGAGCCGUGGCAGUGGGCCCUCCUGGCACUGCUGGUGGUGCCGAGUCUGUGCCAUGGGGUGCCGUGGGGUGCCAGGCUUUGUGCCAUGGGGUCUCUUUGCCAAGUGCCAGGUCUGUGCCAUGGGGCGUCAUGGUGUGCUAUAGGCCGUCCCGAGGAUCCCAGUGCCAUGGGGUGCCGUGCAGUGCCAGAUCUGUGCCGUGGGGUGCCAGGUUUUGUGCCGUGGGGUCCCUUUGCCAAGUGCCAGAUCUGUGCCAUGGGGUGCCAAGCUUUGUGCCGUGGGGUCUCUUUGCCAAGUGCCAGGUCUGUGCCAUGGGGCGUCAUGGUGUGCCAUAGGCCAUCCCGAGGAUCCCAGUGCUAUGGGGUGCCGUGCAGUGCCAGAUCUAUGCCAUGGGGUGCCAGGCUUUGUGCCAUGGGGUCCCUUUGCCAAGUGCCAGAUCUGUGCCAUGGGGUGCCAGGCUUUGUGCCAUGGGGUCCCUUUGCCAAGUGCCAGAUCUGUGCCAUGGGGUGCCAGGUUUUGUGCCAUGGGGUCCCUUUGCCAAGUGCCAGAUCUGUGCCAUGGGGUGCCAGGCUUUGUGCCGUGGGGUCCCUUUGCCAAGUGCCAGGUCUGUGCCAUGGAGUCUCCCUGCUUUUUGUGCCAGGUCUGUGCCCGGGGACACCGUGGUGUGCCAGGUCUGUGCCACGGGUUGCCAUGAGGUGCCAUAUUUUGGUCACUGCCACCUGCAGUAGCCCCUGCUCUGCCCUGCACCCAGCAGCUCCACACAGCUCGUUAACCCGUGUCAUUAACAGCUCCUCCAUUUCUGUUUGCAAUGAGCCGGGUCCCCAGGGGUGGGGGUCAGUGGGAGAGCAGCCCCGGCAGCCCCCGGCUCGGCGCACGGCCAGCAGCUCACAGCACUGCGGGGCUCUGCACUGCUUGCCAGGAGCUCUGUGUUUUGCUGCUGGGAUGUUCCUGCAACUGUGGGGCCGUGCUCCUGCUGCUGGGGACGCUGCUGGGGUGACGGGGUCGUGCUCCUGCUGCUGCUCUACUCCUGGAUUUACUCCUGGUACAUGGAACUGUGCUCCCGCUGCUGGGGCCGCCCCUGGGGCUGAGCUCCUGCUGCUGGGAUGCUCUUGGAGUCGUGGGGCCGUGCUCCUGUUGCUCUGCAGCUGGGAUUGCUCCUGGAGUCAUGCUCCUGCUGCUGCACCGCUGGGAGCGUUCCUGACGCUGCGCUCCAGCUGCUGGCGAUGCUGCUGGGGCCAUGGGGCUGUGCUCCUGCUGCCGUAUUGCUGGGGAUGCUCCUGGAGCUGUGCUUCUGCUGCUGGCGAUGCUCUUGGAGUUGUGGAGUUGUGCUCCUGCCGUUCUGCUCUUGGGAAUGCUCCUGGGUGCGAGGAGCUGUGCUCCAGCUGCUAGGAUUCUCCUGGGGUGACGGGGCCGCGCUCUGCUACUCUGCAGCUGGGGAUGCUCCUGGAGCUGUGCUCUGCUGCUCUGACAAUGGGAACGUUCCCAGAGCUGUGCUCCUGCUGCUGGAGCCGUGGGGCAGUGCCUGCGGGGAUGCUGCCGGAGCCAUGGGGCUGUGCUGCUGCUCUGCAGCUGGGGCCGUGCUUUUCCCCUCAGCCCCCAGCCUCUCCCUGCUGCCCUCGGCUCACCCAGAAGUGAUCUGAGCUCGGUGGGUCCCAGGGAUGGGGUUGGGUCCCUCCCAGCUGUCGGUGCCCUCCAUCCCUGCGUGUUCCCUGGGCCUGAGGGCUGUGAGGAGUUGCCCGUUUGCAGUUCUGAGCUGAGAGCUGAAAUCCAGAGCUGAAACCCAGGCGCAGGCGUCUCGCCCUGGGCACAAAGCAGUGGCAGCUCCCCACCCACCGCCUCAGCCACCCGUGGGAUGGGGGGCUGCCAUCCCACCGCUCCGUUCUCCCUCAGC